CAGUGUUAAAAGAGCUGCCGGGAAAAACUUUGAUCCAAACACGGUCUUCAAGUUUAGCGGGAAAAAGGAAAACAGAAUCUCUUCCCUCCAAAUUCUCAACCAAAUAAAAUCAACUUUUUUUCAUCUGUGUUAUUUACGCUUCGGUUUUUUUUUUUAACCUUCAACUUCAACGUUAUAAUUUUAUCUUGCCAAGAUCCCCAAAUUCACACCAAAACCCUAGAUUCUACCGCGGAACUCUGAUUUCUCGAAAUUCAAGUUCGUAAACACAUAAUUGACGAUUUGUCCCGAUGGACAAAUCAGGUGAGAGAGACGGGAUUGCUGCGACGGUGAUCGUAGUGGAUCAGACUCCACGGAGGAAUGUUCGCCGGAAGUUGGUUCAGUCGACUUUGGUCCCGCAUAAAUCGGAGGAGGUAAUUGAUCCCAAUGGCGAUCGAUCGUGCGAUGCCGGUGAUAAGGAAGAAGGCGAAGGAGGAGACGGAGAUUUCUGUAGCAGUCAAGGGAAGAAGACGAGAAAACAGAGGACUCCGAAGAACGGAGCUUCCAAGAAGAUGGCUAAAGGAAAGUCGCCUCGUAAAACAACACCUAAGAAAAGUGCAACUAAAAACGGGAAUGUAGCUGGUGAAGAUCAAACGUUUGCUGCAAAUGUCUCACCUCCAGUUCCCAAUUUGCGUCUGGAAGCAAAAUUAAGAGCUGAGGAAGAUUCGCGGAUGUCUGCUGGGAAGCAAGUACAUCCGUUUUUCUCGUCUUGGAAAGGAGGUAAAAGAAAUCAAGAAGCACCCGCAGCGGAAAAUGGUAGUUGUCAGGGUCAAGCAAGAGAUACAUCCGUCACCAUCGGCCCUAUCCAUGUAUUUGAGAGGUUUCAGGAUGAUGAUUGGAACAUUGAUUGGAAGAACUGGACUUUCUGUGAGCAAAUAUCAACCACUUUGAGUCCUGAUCGACAAAGAAAUCCCCACUCCCUUAAACCCCGACCCAAGGAGUUUGAUCUAAAUGAAGUUCCGACUCUUUCUCAUCCUGGCGUGUGCGUCAUCGAUGACGAGGAGCCUGAACAAUGUGCUAGUCAAUCAAAAAGUAUCGCAGAGGCAUCUCCCGUAGUCUUAAUGGCAUACCGGGAGGAUAAACGCGGGUACCUUGAUGGAGCAGAAACGGGUUAUGGAGUUCAUGAAGCAGUUGAGUUAUCUGAUCAUGCUGGUGGUGCAGCAGACAUUACUCAUGAACUGCAAAGCUUAUCAUGUCGAGAAAGUGGCAUGCAUCGUAAUAACUUAUGGGUAGAUAAGUACCAGCCACGAAGAGCCUCGGAGGUAUGUGGUAAUACUGAAUCUGUAAAACUGAUGAAUGAAUGGCUGUGCCAAUGGCGCGAGAGAGGCUUUCAGCCAAGCAAAGACUUUUUGAGUAGUGAUGAAGAGAAAUCGCAAGAUGCUGAUUACAACUGUUCUGAAAGUGAUUCUGACUCGGAUAAUAAUGGUGCUGAAGACUGCCUGAAAAAUGUUCUCUUAAUCGUUGGUCCAGUUGGGAGUGGGAAAUCUGCAGCUGUUCAUGCAUGCGCUAAGGAGCAAGGAUUUAAAAUCCUUGAGUCGAAUGCAUCAGAAUGCCGAAGUGGAACAGUUGUUAGGCAAAAAUUUGGGGAGGCUCUCAAGUCAUAUAGCCUGCAAAGGUCCUUGGACCCUCUUUUCAAUUCCUGUGCUGAUGGCAAUGGGGUAGAGGAUGUGAUUGAAGUGACGCCUGUAUUACAUAUCCAGAAUGACAGAGCUAACGUGAAGCCUUUAAUUCUUUUUGAGGAUGUAGAUAUUUGCUUUGCUGAAGAUCGUGGUCUCGUAUCUGCUAUCCAGCAGAUUGCUGAAAGAGCAAAAGGGCCUGUGGUAUUGACUGCCAAUGACAAGAAUCAUGGUUUACCAGACAACUUGAAGAGGAUAGAAAUAUGCUUUUCUUUGCCAUCAACACAAGAGCUGUUUAGCCACCUUUCUUCGGUUUGUGCAGCCGAGAAGGUUAAAGUUAAUCCUGGUUCACUAGAGCAGUUGACCAGCUUUACUGGUGGUGAUAUACGGAAAGCGAUUAUGCAAUUACAAUUUUGGUUUCAGAGUAAAUCCAAACGAGCCAGAAAGGCGAAUAACACGGGUGAUCCAGAUCGCUUUGAUCAUGAGGCUGGUCACGUUCUGCUUCCCAAGAUAAUUGCUCGGGAGUUUCCUUCUCAAUUAUCUCAGUUUGUGGAGAGUGAGAUUGCGAAAUCAUUAUUUAUGGCGGAGGAAAAUGUUAACACAGUUGAAGUAUUUGUUGAAGAGGUUGAAAACGAAAAUAUGCUUAAUAGUUUGUGGAGGCGGGGCACAGAAAAAAACAGCAUAGAAGCCAAAAAAGCAGCCAUGUUGAGGCAGAACACUUGUUUUGAGGAUUGUGAUGAAAUAGAAGACGUCUUAAGUAUUCCGUUUGAACUUAGCAACACUUCCUACCAACCACACUCUCUCUCUCGGCCAAACAGAAGGAGGAAGCUCAAUGUCGUGAUGUCCUCUGAUUCAGAAGAUGAGCCUCUUAGUGACAUACGAGUUUCAGUUUCAAGACAUCAGAAGGACGACGGUUUUGUCCUCCAAGAAAAUGGUAUGUUGUCCUCGUAUUGUGCAGAUACGCAAAAGGAUACAAUCCCAUUAGCAGCAGAUCCUUCAGUUCAUUCCAGAGCAGAAAUAUUGGAAACAAGUUGCUAUCAGUGUGAGACAUCAAAUGUCUCUUGCAUGAAUGAGAUGUCCCAGUCAGUUGAUGUAUCACGUGUACCAGAAUCUUCAUAUGUUCCAGAAACUUUAAUGGAUAGUGAAGCUGAGCUGUCGCCAAGAGCGGUAUCUUGUGGUCAUUUUGAUGGAAGAAUAGACAUGUCUAUGAGUGAAGACGACGUACAGAGUUCCCCACCAAAAGAGAUAUACAUAGACAGAUUUCAGAGUUUUAAUUGCUUAAAGAAUACAUGUGAGAUCAUUGCAGAAUCUUCUGAUGGGACAACGAUGGAAGAUUGUUUUAAGGAGUACGUAGGGAGUUCCCAGAAGAUGCAACAAGUAACAGAUGAAUGCAGCCGUAUAGAUUUUGGUAUGACAUUCAAGACCGCUCAAAAGUCGAAGCUUGAUACCUCAAGAUAUACGGUGCAAGAAUCAUGGAAAAAACUCUGUUCGAGUCAUGCGGAUCUGAAGCCAUACAUGGAUUCAGAACCUGUAGAAGCUCCACAAGUUCUAGACAUCACUCAUCAGAUAACCAACCUAAUUUCAGAAGCUGACCUGACGCAUUCUAGAUGCCUGAAGUUUGUUGCUACGGAGCAAAUGAUGAACACCUCUGGAGAACUGGACACGUCUGGUCUACCUCAUGUGCUUGAACAGAUGACUUCCACUGUGGCACAGCAUGGGUUUAGCUUUUUCAAAAACCAAAUUGCUACAACGGAAUCCGUCCCUAGUUCAUCAGCCACGAUGGUACCAGGAAGAGAUUUGGUAGUAGACGAGACAAAGCAGGAUUACACAUCGACGAGAAGUGGAAGCUGCUUGGAUAUGAAACCAGAAACGCACAUAGACGUAUUAAAAUGUGAGCGAAUGUUACAGCUUUCCGGCAUAUUAGAGUCAGUAGUCCCUCUAAGAUCAUUGAAAGGAAGAGCUUUCCAUGAAUAUGCUUCAUUCAUAGAGCAGAUUUCAAGAGCAGGUCCCUCUAACUUAUCUGGAGCCAUGGAGACGAGCAGACGGCGAAGGUCAAGAGAAGGUCGACAUUAUCUGUCAAUGGAUCUAUCCUCGGAAGAGAUUGCAUUCUUGGGUCAACACAGCACAUAUAGAAGAAACGAAUAAUAAACCAGUUUCAGUUGUAUAGAAAUUAGAGUAUUAGAAAAGCUCCACACUUGAGUUUUAGAGUUUUAAACAGGUUUGCUCAGCAAUGACCCUUACGGGUUACGGCAUAGUUUCUUCAUCUUUAUAUAUACAGAGAAAACAACAAUUGAUGUACUUUUCUUUCCUUCGGGUUUCUGAAAAUGUAUUAUAUAAAUUAAAGAUUCUACAUAUCACAGAGAUAUAUAAAUAGUAGGGAAACAUUAUCUCUCUUCUAUGAGCACAAAACAAAACGACGAAACAAAAUGUUACUUUUCUCUAUUGAGGUUUUUUUUUGAGUAAAAUGCAUAUACUUAGUAAAAAUUCAACACCCCUUGUGUAAAAUGGCUUUCUCUUGUGCAUUGGUGGAUACUGAAUCGAGAUCAGACUUUGCCUUCGAGUUUAUCGUUAUUAACAAGAGGAAGUAACUCCAUCUUGUUUCUCGGGGUACGAGGAGUCCUAGGAGUUCCCGGCGCCUGCUGCGAAAGCAUAUGCCUCACGUAUCCAUAAAACGUGCAGCCCACAAGCGUGAUCCCACAUCCAACAGCAUUCAUAUACGAUAUCGGGUUACGGAAUAUCAACCAUGACACCAUUACAGCCACCGCAACCUUGAGGUUUCCAGCUACGUUGAAUGUGACUGCGGUUGUGGAGUGGAUGACAUAGAAGAUGGAGAAGUUGAGACAGAAGGCCAACACACCGGAACUGAAGAUAAUGAUGAGGGCUGACCAGGGAGACGGGUGUGCUUCAAACCAACUCAAUAUUCCGUUGCCUUCCAGUAGUAACGCCGGUAUCCCGAGAAUCAUCGUGGCGAAAGGCGCCAUGUAGUAUACUGUGUUUAUGCUACAUAAAACUUGUAACCAUGGAGGAGAGAUUCGGCUAGAAUGGUCUUUGUGGAAGUAGCUAAGCAUCCAAACAGGGCAGCACAGAAUCCAAACAUGUUGAAACUAAGCUCUGUAACAGAGGUCAGAAGAAUUCCUCCAACAAUGGGCACAAGAGACGCCCAAAUACGCCAGUCGAAGUAUUUCCUCCAUACCAGCCACUGUAACACAACUGUAGCUGGAGUGAAGGAUUUGAUCGUCUGCAUAAACGAAACCGGGAUGUAUCGAAGGCUGACAUUUCCCAACACUAUGUUGAUACAGAACACGAACGACAUUGGGAAAAUCCUCCUCCACCGAUCCUCUGGAUCAACCACGAUCAACGGUUUAAGCUUCAGGAUUUUGAUAACAAUGUACGCUCCGAUCGAUGAACAUAUGAAGUGAACACAUGAAACCGAUAGUGGAAACUUGAAAUCCAGUUUCUGCAUAAAUUUGAUGAUGACGGUAACGUUGAAACCCCACCACUGAAGAAUCGCUAACAGAGAUCUGAACAUACUUCCCUCUUCCAUCUCUCACCCCCAAAAAAUUCAACGAAUUUCGGAAUCAGAUCGCAAAAUGACAAAAACCCACAAAAAGUUAAACGAGUUUUAAGAAGAGAAUCCGUGAGAAAGAGGGAGAGAUCGAGAGAGCGAAAGCUGCGCAGCUAAAUAGAGAGAAAGAAGAAGAAGGAGUGAAAACCCUAAUGAAAGUGAAAACUAAGAGAAGGUAACGGUAGCAGUGAGCUCUUGUUCCAUGUGAUUUGUUUCGAAUUCUCUUCUUCUGUUCAUCAAUCUCAAACGUCUCUCUCCCUCUCUCUCUCUCUGUCUCUCUCUCUCUUAUGCCAUGAAAAUAAUGUUUUGCUC